UCGCGUUACACACGUGAGAAGAGGAGACAACAGACUGACUGCAGCCACUUCAUCUGCAGUCGACAGGAUGGACGGGAAGGUAAAGGAACAGAGGAAACAUCAGCAGAAGAACAGCGGCCCGAAGGCGGAGAGGAAGAAGCUCAAGAAACAGGGAGGCUCAACGGAGGAGGAUGCCCGGAAACGCAACCCCAAAGCCUUUGCGGUUCAGUCUGCUGUCCGCAUGGCCAAGACCUUCCACAGGGCGCAGGACAUAAAGGGCAAAAAACAUCACAUACCCCUUGUGGACCGGACCCCCUUGGAACCCCCACCAAUUGUGAUUGUGGUGGUCGGGCCCCCCAAGGUGGGAAAAAGCACCCUGAUCCGCUGCCUGAUCAAAAACUUCACCCGGCAGAAGCUGGGAGACAUCUGUGGACCUGUGACCAUUGUCUCUGGAAAAAAACGUCGCCUCACUUUUAUGGAGUGUAGCAAUGACAUUAACACGAUGAUUGACCUCGCAAAAGUAGCUGACCUGGUAUUGAUGUUGAUCGAUGCCAGCUUCGGCUUUGAAAUGGAGACCUUUGAGUUUCUCAACAUCUGUCAGGUCCACGGCUUUCCUCGUAUCAUGGGUGUGCUGACACAUCUGGAUUCAUUCAAGAACAACAAGGCUCUGAGAAAGACCAAGAAGAAUCUCAAACACCGCUUCUGGACAGAGGUGUACCAGGGGGCCAAGCUGUUCUAUCUGUCUGGUAUGGUGUACGGUGAAUAUCAGACGCAGGAAGUGAAGAACCUGGGCCGCUUCAUCUCCGUCAUGAAGUUUCGUCCUCUGGUGUGGCAGCAGUCCCAUCCCUAUGUGCUGGUUGACCGUAUGGAGGACCUGACUGAUCCAGAGAAGGUGAGAACAGAUUCCAAGUGUGACCGGACUGUGUCACUCUACGGCUACCUGAGAGGGACAUAUUUGAAAAACAAAGGCCAAGUCCAUGUACCAGGUGUCGGAGACUUUCAGGUGGCCGACGUGAACUUCCUCCCCGAUCCGUGCCCGCUGCCAGAUGCUCAGAAGAAGCGAGCACUGAACGAGAAGGAGCGCCUGCUCUACGCGCCCAUGGCUGGGGUCGGGGGGGUCGUGUACGACAAAGAUGCCGUGUAUAUCGACCUUCCUGCAAGCCAUGUCAAUCAGCAGCAGGAGGAGGUGCGGCCCACCACAGAGCUGGUCCAGUCCCUCAUCGACACACAUGCUACCCUGGAUGUAAAGAUGGCUGCCAGUAAAGUGUCUCUGUUCAGCGGCUCUGCCACCCUGGACCCAACAGACAUCGAGCAGCAGAGCGGAGAGAAGGAGGGUCCUACCGAGAAGCGAGUCUGGGAUCCCAACACCCAGAGAGAGAGGAGGGCGGUAGUCUUCUCUGAGGAGGACCACGAGAAGGAGGAGGAGGAUGAUGAGGAAGAUGAGGUGGAGGAGGAAGAAGAAGAAGAAGAUGAUGAUGAUGUCAGCGGUUCCAGCGAUGAUGAGGACAGUGACCAGGAGGAGGAAGAGAAUGAAGAAGAGGAUAACGUUUCCACUUUCCUCAAAGAAGCAAGAGCCAAAUCUGAGGGGACAGAAACCAUUUCAAGAAUCAGCCCACCACUGGUGAAGAAACAGAAACUAGAGGAGAAAGUAGAGGGGGAGAAAAUCGCUGAGGUGCCGGUAUUUGCAGACAGUGAUGAUGACCUGGAGGCGAGUGAGGAGGAGAGUGAGGAGAGGGCGGAGGCUGGGCGAGCAGGAGACUCUGGACACUGUUCUGAGGAGGACGAGGAAGCGAGUGAUGACGAAGAUGAUGAAUCAGAGGAAGAGGAGGAUGGUGCAGCGGCGGAACAAAUGGCCACUGAGAGUGAGGACGUGGAAGAGCAGGGGGAUCUGAGGUGGAAGGAGGGUCUGCAGCAGAAAGCAUCAGAAGCGUUUCUACGACAACAAGAAGCUGUCCCCAAUCUGAGAAAACUGGUUUAUGGAUCAGUCGUCAAUGCAAAUGACUCUGAUGAGGACGAGGAGGAGUUGGGUGGACUGUUUCGAGUCAGUCGACCUCAGAAGAGCAAAAAGUUCACGGCAAACUCGAUGGACUGCUCCCGUUUCAUACCUGACACGUCCCACAACUGGGAUUUAGAGGAGAUGUUAAACUCCAUCCGAGACUGCUUUGUAACAGGGAAGUGGGAGGAAGGCCAGGAUGCUGCCACACGGCUGAAGGAGGAUGAGGAACUAUAUGGCGACUUUGAGGAUUUAGAAACGGGAGAAGUCCACAAAGGCCAAAAGGAGCAGCAGGAUCAAGCUGAUAAAGAUGAUGAUGAUGAGGAGGAGGAGGAUGAAGCUGAGGAGAGUCUGGUGAGGGUCGACGAUGAUGAGCUCCUGAAGAACAAGCGCCUGGAGAAGAAACGCAGACUGAAAGAGCGAUUUAAUGCAGAAUACGACGAUGAAGACGCAACUUACUUUGAUGACCUGAAGGAGGAGCUGCAGAAACAGGCUGAGCUGAACAGGGCAGAGUUUGAGGAUGUGGACGAUGACACCCGAGUGCAGUACGAAGGCUUCAGGCCAGGAAUGUACGUCAGAUUAGAAAUCUCCUCUCUCCCCUGUGAAUUUGUCAACAACUUCGAUCCCCAUUACCCAAUCAUCCUCGGAGGUCUCGGCUCCAGUGAAGGCAACAUAGGAUACCUGCAGUUGCGACUCAAGAAACACCGCUGGUAUAAGCGCAUCCUGAAGACACGGGACCCCCUCAUCCUGUCCUUGGGCUGGAGGCGCUUCCAGACCAUCCCCCUCUACCACAUUGAAGAUCACAACGGACGCAACCGCCUGCUCAAAUACACACCGGAGCACAUGCACUGUGGAGCCUCCAUCUGGGGUCCAAUCACACCACAGGGCACCGGGUUCCUCGCUCUGCAGACAGUAGCAGGAGUUAAAGCUAAUUUCCGUAUUGCAGCCACAGGAGUGAUCCUGGAUCUGGAUAAAUCAGUGACUGUAGUGAAGAAGCUGAAACUCAUUGGUUACCCCUACAAGAUCUUUAAGAACACCAGCUUCAUUAAGGGCAUGUUCAACACAUUGCUAGAGGUCGCUAAAUUUGAAGGUGCUUCUGUGCGGACAGUGUCAGGGGUCAGAGGUCAGAUCAAGAAAGCGUUGUCAACACCACCAGGAGCUUACAGAGCUACGUUCGAGGACCGUCUGCUCAUGAGUGACAUUGUGUUCCUGCGCUCCUGGUAUCCAGUCACUGUUCCUCAGCUCUACAACCCCGUCACCUCUCUGCUGCUGCCUGUUGGUCAGAAGGACGGCUGGGCGGGCAUGAGGACCCUGGGGCAGAUCAAAUAUGACAUGGAGAUCCGCAACAAACCCAACGCUGACUCUCUGUACAAGCCGGUUGUCCGAGCCCAAAGACACUUCAACCCCCUGCACAUCCCCAGGGAGCUCCAGAAGGCGCUGCCCUUCAAGAGCAAACUCAAAUACCAGAAGCGUAAAGGAACGACACCCCGAGACCUGAAGCGUCCCAGUGUGAUCCGAGAGCCCCACGAGAAGAAGGUGGCCGCCCUGCUCCACGCUCUGAACACAGUUCACCACUACAAGACAAAGAAAAACCACGUGGUGCAGCACGCCAAACACAAGGAGUUCCUACAGCAGAAGGGGAAAGAGGAGGAGGCCAAAAUGAAGAGACAGAAGGAGGCUCGUAAAAAACUGUACCGUGUCAUGGGCCAGUUGGACAAGAAGAAGCAAAGGUCCAGUCUGAAGGGGGCGCCACAGGACGGCUGACCUGGAUGAAUGAGGCAAACCGCUGUGUGCUCCUGGGACUCUAAGCAUGUUUUUCAUCACUGUGGAAGGUUCAUUUUUACUAUAUUUUUCUUUGUUUUGAAAUGAAAAUUAGCUGUAAAGAAAAAUGUAUCUGACAAUAUUUUAAUAAAACAUCUCAAUAAUAAAUGGAAAUAUGACCUCAGUCAUAAAGCUUGAUGUUUUCUGCUCAUAAAAAUAUGAUUCCAGUAAGCAAGACAGUUAUUAGCAUUACAUUUUCAUUGAAUUUGUCUAUGGUGAGCAUAUUACAAAUCGUAUUCAGUUUAGUGACAGUGACUCCUCGUGUUUCCUCGUCUACAUGUUUGAUUUGUUCCAACAGUUUGUGUUAUUUAGGUGUUGGGGGGGGGGACAAAUAGCUGGAGGGCCUUGUUAUCUAACUGACAAAUUAAUGAUCAAAGAAAAUAUCAAACAGUCUUAUUUGAGGAUUUUUUUAUUUUUAGCUAUUUUAAAAUACAGUGUUAUGGAUGGACCUUUUCAUUUCUCUAAGUUGACGAUACUAGAACCUUUCAUGGUCUUAGGCAAUGAUGUGGAUUAAUACAUGAUCAUCUGGAAGAUUUUUUUUAAAGAAGCCAUCUGCAGGGAGGAAUUGGGAAUGGUCAUUGUUUAAAUUAUGAAAAAGUCCAAAUUAUGUCAAGUCAAAUUUUAAAGUCAAUGUAAGACUUAGCAUGAGAGUACGAAUUUAAGUCGCAGUAAAAGGAUUGUCAUUUAAAUGUGAUCAUUUUGAUUUGCUAUUGCAUCAUGUGGUUUCCAGAAUCAUAAAGUUGACUUUGAUCAUCCUA